AUGGUGGCCAUGGCGGCGGCCGGCAAGACCGCGAUGAGUCUGAAGAAGCAGGAGGAGGAGGUGUCGCGCAUCAUAUCCAGGAUGAUCGCCAAGGGCCACGCCCUGCUCGGCACCGACGCGACGGAGAAGCUGAUGCAGCUGGAGCCGAAGGUCUUGAAGGUCGAGGUGGCCGUGAGAGAGGAGCAGGACGCCCCCAUUGGGAUCACCAGUCCCCACACGGAUCGGCAUCGCGAGCUGCUGGUCCAGCUGAGGCUCAUCUUGCACGAGGCCGAGGACACGCUGGACAAGGUCGUCACGCGCCACCGGCAGAUCGUCUCCCUCCCCGCGAGCACGAACCCGUUCCACGAGCAGAGCUGGGCGAAGAAGAAGCUCGGGUCCGUGUUCCACACCGUCUCCGGCGGUACCGGGACGGAGAUCAAGAAGCUGGGGAGGAGCAUAGACCAGGUACGUUCCGUAAUCGACCGGCUGCACGAGGGCAUGGCCGCGCUGGAGGACGAGGGCAAGCUGCCGACGGACCGGCGCACCACAGGGGUUCCUCCGGCGAAGGUGUUCGGCAGGUUCGUGGACUGCGAGAGGAUCGUGGCGAUGCUUCACAGGACGGUAGGGUACGAGGACCAGCAGGGCCCCGGAUGCUGCCCCUACUCCGUCGUCGGGAUCCAUGGCGCGCGCGGGUACGGGAAGACGACGCUCGCGCAGCUCGUCUACGCCCGCAUCGACGAGGCCGGCUACUUCGACCUCGCCAUGUGGGUGCACGUCUCCCGGGACUUCGCCGCCGUGUACGACGUGUUCGCGGACAUGAUGAAAGCGGCCACAGGAAGAGCACCGUGCAGCCAUCAUGAUUCUAGCACCAUGCAGAGGAGCCUAGAGAAGGAGCUGGGCGGGAAGCGCGUGUUCCUGGUUCUGGACUUGGACGACGUCCGGGGCAACGACGGCACGAACGAGCGGCUCCGCCGUAUCCUGGCUCCACUCGAGUUUUGUGAACGGGAUAGCAAGGUGCUCGUGACGAGCCGGACCGUCGACGCGCUGCUGGUGCUCGGCGCCCCGAAGGCGAGAUGCGUCCCUGUGCCGGAGCUGGCUGAGGACGUGUUCCUCCAGCUCUUCUUGCAUUACGCGCUCCAAGGCACCGUGGAUGAACGGGACCGGGGUAUUCUGGAAGUGAUUGGGGCCGACAUCGCCAAGAACCUCAAGAGGUCGCCACUGGCGGCGAAGACGGUGGGGGAGAAGCUACGUACGAACAAGAGCAUUGAGUUCUGGAGAAGCGUGCAAGGCGCUUUGCCAAAUUAG